GAUUAUUUAGCACCGCGGAAUGAUGAACGGUCCAGCAGAUCCGGGACAAUUAAAGUUUGGGCUAACUUGGAGGGGACGGGUCGGUGUGGGUUGGCACGAUCCAAACUUUUCCUCUCUAGGUUAAUCAUGACACUCUGUCAGCACGUGUGCUGUUUUUACGCAGCUAACUUCACGACAUUACGCAAAAAUGCAGCGGCAGGGAGGCGUUUUUGUUGCUUUUCGGUUUGAUUUCGGGACGUUUUUUUGCGAGCGCCGGUUGCAAAGAAUCGAGCCUUGUUGUGCUCCCGCCCCCCCUGCGCUCCGUGCCGCACUGGUUCCGUCUGGCUCGCCCUCAGCUGCUGCGUGUCCUGGGAUGACCUGUUGAUGUCGGUAGAAUGGAGAAUGGCAGGGGGAGCGAUUUCCCCCAUCACCAAAAUAUUUAAAUAAGCUACAUUUUUAGGGGGACGCUUUGGUAAAGCGGCGUCGCAGCUCGGCUCCUCUCCGCUCAGGCAACCCUUCGGUGGUGUGCGUCGGCGCACCAUGGCCCAGACCCUCCAGAUGGCGAUCCCAAACUUCGGCAACAACGUUUUAGAGUGUCUGAACGAGCAGCGUCUGCAGGGCCUCUACUGCGACGUCUCCGUGGUGGUCAAAGGCCACACCUUCAAGGCUCAUCGAGCUGUUCUGGCCGCCAGCAGUUCUUAUUUCCGGGACCUUUUCAGCAGCAGCAGCCACGGUGAAGGCGGCAGCAUCGAGGCCAGCCCGACCGUCGUGGAGCUCCCACCGGCCGUCCAGCCCCAGAGCUUCCAGCAGAUCCUGGCUUUCUGCUACACGGGUCGUCUCAGCAUGACGGUGGGGGACCAGUUCCUCCUCAUGUACACCGCCGGCUUCCUGCAGAUCCAACAGAUCAUGGAGAAAGGCACUGAGUUCUUCCUGAAGGUGUCCUCUCCCAGCUGUGACUCCCAGGGCCUUCAUGCAGAGGAGGCCCCAACCUCGGAGCCCCAGAGCCCAGUAACACAGACCGGCAGCAGUGCAGCCCGGCCGGCCUCCUGCCUGACGCCGCUGCCUCUGGUGUCCCGAGUGAAGACGGAGCAGCCGGCCGGCCAGCCGGAAGCGGCCGCUCCGUACUCCGUGGUGUGCACUCCGGUGGCCAAGCGGCUGUGGGAGGGGGGCAGCAGCCGAGAUGGAGGCGGGGUCGGCUCUGGAGGAGGGGGCGGAGCCAGAAAGGCGGCCCGGUAUUCCCAGGAGGCGGUGCGGGGCAGCGCGAUCCAGAGUCCCGGGGCCCUCGGACUGGCCAUGGGGAUGGGCGCCACAACCACCAGCCUGGCGGGGAUGGUGGCCGGGGGCGCCGGCGCCAACGGGAGCUCUGCAACGGUGCUGGGCAUGUCAGAGGGCGCCAGUCCCGGCACCCUGAGCACCUACGCUAGUGACUCACCCAUCAGCUACCAUGACGACGAGGAAGAGGAGGAGGGGACAGAAGAAUGUGCCGAAGAGCAGUACAGGCAAAUCUGCAACAUGUACACCAUGUACAGCAUGCUCAACAUGGGAGCUGCAGCAGCUGGCGAACGUGUCGAGGCUCUACCAGACCACACGGAGACUCGGGGUCGGAUGCGAGGAAGAGAUCUGACGUGUCUUCCUGCAGAACUCAUCGCUCAGAUAGGAAACCGCUGCCAUCCCAAACUGUACGAGGAAGGAGACCCCGCUGAGAAGCUGGAGUUAGUCUCAGGUACUUCUGUGUAUAUAUCGCGAGCCCAGCUCAUGAACUGUCAUGUGAGCGCAGGGACCAGACACAAGGUGCUGCUGAGGAGGCUGCUGGCCGCCUUCUUUGACAGGAACACUCUGGCCAACAGCUGUGGAACCGGCAUCCGCUCGUCCACCAACGACCCGAGCCGCAAACCCCUGGACAACAGAGUGCUGCACGCAGUCAAAUUUUAUUGCCAGAACUUUGCCACCAGCUUCAAAGAGAGCGAGAUGAACGCCAUCGCCGCCGACAUGUGCACCAACGCCCGCCGCGUGGUCCGCAAGAGCUGGAUACCCAAACUGAAGCUACUGAUGGCCGAGAGCGACGCCUACACCGCUUUCCUCCCCGACGGCGUCAAGACGGAAGACGACGCUCUGGGAGCCGACCCGGCCUUCGACCCGGCCUCGCUGGAGGCCACCGGUGCUGCUGGCAUGGAGUCGGGCGGCUCGUCAGGUGAAUCGCUGCCCGGCGUGGGCGGGGACGGAGGACCGUUAUUUUGAACAUUGUGUCCAGGGUGGGGGAAGGUUGAGUUUUGAUGACGCACAUACCAGUAUUCCCCAGUUGUGCUUGCCUCCUCACUCUUUGGCUGAUCGCUCACAUCUUGACUGUCUAUACUACACUGCUAGGGGUCGACGCCCCGAUGUAACCAGGACGUGAAAACUUAAAUCUUUUUGCUUUAUGACUGUAUGAUGGCGUUAGUGGAGAAAAGGGAGAGCAUAAGGGGGUGUUUUAGUUUGCUCCUAACUGCCCUCUGCCUCCCCUUGUCUUUUUAAGGUGUGUAAGCGCAUCCACUGUUGCAGAUUAAAUACAUUCCCUGAGGUGCAGGUGGUGGUGGGGGGAGUUACCGGGGCGACCUGAGGAGGAGGGAUGGGAGGAAAGCUGACCAGUGUGUCCCAUGGAAGCGUCGGUGGCAUUUCUCUCUAUGCAAGCCUGACAACUUGUAUUCCAGCCUCGGGAAAGGAGCUAAAUUUCAAAGUAGAUCCAUUAUUAAAACAAAUUAACACUACCCGUUCUUCCUCCACUCAUCACCCUGCAGGAACCCUUCAACCCACCUCACCUUUCCUGAGACCAGAGAAUCUCACCUGAGUGUUUCACUGUGCGGUGUCUUACAGAAAUCUAUCUCAUCUUUCUCUGUUUUCUACAUUUCUAGCAUGUUCCUCUGUCUGCGAACUGAAAGGAGUGAUCCAGAGAGAAGGCUUUUUACUCAGAUGAUUGUAAAGUAAACUGAAGGGCAACAGGUAAUCAAAGAUGGUCAUAUUUUUAGAAGACAAACUAUAUUUAUACCAGUGCCCAUGCCUGGAAUGGUGUGAGCAGAGAGAGAGAGGGAUUGUUUUAAAAUCUCGAUAUUCAGCUUUUAUUGACAGAGUUGUUGCCGAAUAAGGUUAAAGUGCUAUUUUUGCAGGAGUAUAAUAAAGCAGUCUUAUCAUAGGAACCUCUGUCAUUUAUUUUUAUCUUACAGUGAAAGUGAUGGAAUGAGCAGUUGAACUGCUAAAUUUGACACAUUUCAUCUUCUGUUCACUUCUUAAAAGGAAUAAUAAGACUGCUGAGGUGGUUUGACUGUCUGUGAUAUCAGUGUCUUGUUAGAUUAUGAACCUGCAGCGUUCGUCUCCUUUGAUUAGACGUUGGCCCAUAAUUUUGAAGAUCGCUUGUAAAAAUCUAAAGGUUGUAUUGAUCUGACAGCUCAGCUAGUUUGGUCUUUGUGCUAAAAUUAUUGAAAAGAGACAAAUAAAAACAAACUAGUGACGUUUUGUGCAAAUGCAGACGUCACCGGGAGUAAAACGGGAUAUUGGAAUGUGCCUUUUAAUUGAAAUGGAUGAGCAGAAGCAGCUGGUACGGUGUGGAGGCGAUGCUGCUUAGAGCAAACGGGCUUUAAGGUUUGGUGAAGAAGGCGCGUCUGUCCGUUGGUUUGUCCUUUAUUCAUGUGUUCGAUGCACCACCUCUUUAAUCUGGAAAUUCAAAGUGGAGUCUGAUUUUGCACCUUCCAUGAGCAGUAGAGGAGAGGUUUCUGCACCUUAAUGAGAAGAACCAGUGGUUCAAGCACCUUUGAGAAACGUUGUGUAGCAAUCAAUCCCCUUAAGGUGGAAUUUGUCGGGGGGGGUUUUCUCUCCAUGCCUGCUUGUGUUUCUUGUUUAGACGUGGCACAAACUGCUGCUGUAAAUAAUCAAGAAGACUGUUGAGUUAAAUCCCAAGUGUUCUUCCUUCUUUCUGUUGCUGGAUGACUGAGAAACUUUUUUUAAUUUUAUGUGAAAGUUGGUGUUUGCUAGGAACCUUUAAAAUGUUGACGAGUGGAGUCAGUGCAGGAGACUGUUCCUGUUCCAGGUGGAUAAAAACGGAAGUGGUCAGGGUUUGACUGGGAAUGUGUUCUUUAAACUGAAAUGACUGAUUACUUUCUCCUUCUGGAAAGACAUUUUCAAAAAGGUUCUAUUUCUCUAAAGACGGGUACGGAGUAAAAGCUAGGGAGGAAUAAAUGCUUCCUGUUCUAGGAAAGUGCUCUCAGUCUUACAAACAAUAACUCCAAGCAGGACGGAUGCAUCACAGCGCAACCUAUUUUUAUUACAGCUUAACAUUACAGGAUGACUUGACUUCUGGUGGUUUAACUGGGAGAUUUAUGGACAGAUCAAAUAAUGCAGUACCUUGUGAGUAUUCAGUAAUAACAGAAUAACCUCAGCUUAGCGUUCGAUGCACCUCCUCCCCCACAUACCUCUACAGGAUCUCUGAAGACUGUUUCUGUCCUUCAUGCAGCUGGUGUCGUGUUUCACUUCCACAAGUUUAUUCAUGUGUUUCAGAGAGAGGCAAAGCGGCGGUUUUAGGUGGUUCCAAAUGAAUUAUGAUACAGAGAGGGCAUGACGACACAAAAGUCAGCCGCUGCCGAGUGUUUAGAAGCCGAGAGCUGAAAGAAAAUAAAGAUUUGUUUAAAGCCGGGAUUCUUGCAGAAGUCAUGCUGCAAAGUGCUAAAUUAUCAGAGGAAGCCGUGUUAGUCAGCCCAAACACAGGAAGGAGCCGCUGUAACAGGCCAGUUUAUACCGCCAACACAUAAAGAUCAAGCAUGUUCAACUCUGAAUUGUUCAGUUAUUUAGGGUUUUAUUUUUACAAAAAGGUAUGCUGAGCAAGCAAAUUAUUAUGAAAGAACGGAACCAGAAGGUCCUUGAGCUAAUUAUGAUUUAAAAAGUUCAAAUCAAAGGAAAAACUGAACUGAAAACCAAGAAAAAUUGAAGCAAAACAUUCUGGAAGAACGUCCACCUGGCUGGUGUUACUUAACUGUUUCUGUUUAACACAUUUCAGCUUAAUGUCUCUUUGUGUUGUCUGAUUGACUUGAUCUGGGCUCCAAAAGUCAAUCUUUAUAUCAGACCUGUAUGUUUGCCUAAAUAUGUGAUAGAAUAUUCUGGGAUAGACUACUCCAGCACCCGGGGUAUAAACCGGCCCAUCCCAGAGCGUCCCCCGAGGUAAAAAAGUGGCCCAGCCGGGUGCACUUUGGGCUUCAUUCUGGCCUGUUACACCGGUGAUAAUACCCUGCUGUUGUACCUCAUAAGCUGCUCUUAAACACUGGUUUAGAGCGACAGUACGCUGCAAUGACUUGAGUGGAAAUAAGUGUGGUUCCGGUACACGACAGGAGUUUAUUUAUUCAGCUUUCAUGUAAACGUUAACCUCUCCGAUGUCCAGAAAGUCCGUCGCUCACAGCCUCGUUGCACAGCGCUUCAUCUCCAGUAGGUGUGAGUCUGUUUUACUUUAACAGAAAGCUUUUCUUUUUUCUUUCCAGCACAUUAAAAAGCAAAACAAACUGUACUUUCUGUAGCUUGUUUACACACAACAUGUAGACCUACACACUUGAAUGGAUAAGGUGUGGCACGGCAUGGGGAACCUUUUGUCACUAAACAGUACAUAUAUAAAUAUGAUUAUAUACAUGUAUAGAUAAAUACUGUAUAUUAUAUAUAGAUGCACACAUAGAUUGUUUGUUGUGCACUCGCAGCAUGAGGUGUAUAUUUACCCAGAAACAGUGCUUCUUCACAGCCUGUGCAGUAAACGGUCGGCCCAUUGCCCCUGCUCCCUGCCCUCUGUAACCCUGUAGCACCAGUGGACCUCCUGUACCGCUCAUCCUCUUCUUUCUGUGUUCCAAGUGCCAAUAACUUCGUGAAAGCCCUGUAACUGUGACCCGACAUUAUCAAAGGUAAUUGCACAUUAACGACUGUAAAAUAAAUAAAUACAAAUCAUAGAGAAAAUGUCAAAAAUGGAUUAAAUAAUGAAUAUCUUAAUAAAAGAUUUGUAACAAUUUC